GCUAAAUAAGUAAAUAACUAAAAGAAAGUUCAGGAAACAACUCGACCUAAUGACCUAUCAUUUCUGAUCACCCGUCCUAUAAAUACAUACGUAAGAUCAUUCGUUACUCAUAUCAAGCUUCUACACACGAUCUAGCUUAAAGUUCUGUAACCUAAGCGAUAAUCACUUAGCUACUCCAAGUUUCUUCUUAAUUUCUCUCACACUAGUAGUUCUAAGCUUUAGAAAUGGCAACAGCAUCGUUCAACAUGCAAUCAGUCUUCGCCGGUGGAUUAACCACUCGCAAGAUCAACACCAACAAGCUUUUCUCCGCCGGUAGCUUCCCUAACCUCAAGAGGAAUUAUCCGGUGGGAGUGAGAUGCAUGGCUGAGGGAGGACCCACGAAUGAAGACUCUUCACCAGCACCAUCUACCUCGGCCGCUCAGCCGUUGCCGAAGUCACCAUCUCCUCCUCCUCCUAUGAAACCUAAGGUGAGCACAAAGUUUAGCGACUUGCUAGCGUUUAGCGGUCCAGCACCAGAGAGGAUUAACGGACGUUUAGCGAUGGUUGGAUUCGUUGCGGCGUUGGCUGUCGAGCUAUCCAAGGGUGAAAACGUUUUAGCUCAGAUCUCCGACGGUGGCGUCUCAUGGUUCCUCGGUACAACAGCGAUCUUGACACUUGCGUCGCUUGUGCCGCUUUUCAAGGGCAUAAGCGUUGAGUCCAAGUCCAAAGGUAUCAUGACGUCAGACGCUGAGCUUUGGAACGGACGUUUCGCGAUGCUCGGUUUGGUCGCGUUGGCGUUCACUGAGUUCGUCAAAGGUGGGACACUCGUCUAAGGAAAAGAGAGCACGUUAUGGGGAGGAUGUUUUAAUACGAUUUUGCCCAUGUAAUUUCUCUGUAAAGUAAUCUGUGUUAGGCCUACUGUGUGUUUUAUACAUGUGUACUAAGUGACAUUUUGAAACUUCGGGUUAAAAACACUUUAAAAUUAGUGGUGUUCUAUAAAGCUCUACGCCUUCCAAAAACUUUCAGAAAUUAUAACCAUACAAUAUGUGACUUACA